AUGGCCGUGCCGGAGGUUGUGGUCGAAGGCGUCGUCUUCCCGCCGGUGGCCCGCCCGCCGGGCUCCGCCGUCUCGCACUUCCUCGGCGGCGCAGGCGUGCGAGGCCUCGAGAUCGGAGGCAACUUCAUCAAGUUCACGGCCAUCGGCGUGUACCUGGAGGACGCGGCCGUGUCCGCGCUGGCGAAGAAGUGGGCCGGUAAGACGGCCGACGAGCUCGCGUCCGACGCCGCCUUCUUCCGCGACGUCGUCAAGGGCGACUUCGAGAAGUUCACAAGGGUGACCAUGAUCCUUCCGCUCACGGGCGAGCAGUACGCGGAGAAAGUGACGGAGAACUGCGUGGCGUUCUGGAAGGCCGUCGGCCUGUACACGGACGCCGAGGGCGUCGCCGUGGAGAAGUUCAAGGAGGCGUUCAAGCCCGAGACGUUCCCGCCGGGCGCCUCCAUCCUCUUCACGCACUCGCCCACCGGAGUCCUCACCGUCGCCUUCUCCAAGGACUCGUCGGUGCCGGCGGACGGCGGCGUGGCGAUCGAGAACAAGCCUCUGUGCGAGGCCGUGCUGGAGUCCAUCAUCGGGGAGCACGGCGUCUCGCCGGCCGCGAAGCUGAGCCUCGCGGCGAGGGUGUCGGAGCUCCUCACCAAGGGUACCGCCGCGGCCGCCGACGCGCCGCAGGCGGAGCCCGUCUCGAUCACCGCCUGA